AUGAUUAAUUGUGGACAAAAAGGUCGAGAGCAGGUUGUCCACGUAGACAGGAUAAGACAACAGCACCCUCAGCUGCUGAGGGGAGAAUCAAGUUCUAGUAAAGUUGUUGAGUUAAAGGAUCAGAGAAGUCUAGAAAAUGAGAAUAAGGUCUCUGAUAAAAGAAAUGACUUAGGGAAUACAAGUGACCAAGUGGAGGAGACAUGGUCAGAAAUCAAUAUAGAAUCAGACGAUCAAAAUGAUAUUUGGUCGCCAGAUCUCACAAAAAGGAAACGACGUCCACUAAAAUGGAUGUCAGACUAUAUUACAAUGACAAAGACAAAGGUAACCGUAAAUAAGGGAAGAAAGUGUCCUUUCUGUCCAUAUCGUUUUAUGAGAGAGGAGGAAUUGUCCAACCACAUCGGGAAACGUAGCAAAGACCUGCUGUUUUGCAAUUAUUCUGAUUUCAAUUCCACAACGUCUAAAAACUUGAGAAGGCAUCUCAAAAGGAAACAUGACAUUGGGGAAGAAAGAGGCGGCGAGCAAGAUGUAGUCCAAAAGGAAAGUUCUGGGGAGGGUUUGUCAGAAAGUGAAUCUUGGGUGGAGCAAGAUCCAGGAGAUCUUCGAGGGGUGUUCCCGGAGGAUAUAAGUGAAAGUGAGAGUGAAGAUGAAAGAGGCGCAGAUAAGAAUGAGAAGGAACUUCCGUGUGGUGAUGACUCCAAAAGAGAAGAAGGUAGACUUUAUCGUAAACCGACCAGACCGUUGCCAGUAUUUACACCAGCUAGAGUUACCCCCAUGACAGAAGCCACACCUUCUGAUCCAACCCCAGAAAAACCACAACAUGAACACAAGGAGUCUCAAACUGACCCAGUGUAUUUCACGGAGAGUAUUAAAGUAAUCACCAAGUGGGUUGAAGAUGGAAAGCAGAUUAAGAAGAUUGAAAAGAAGAAACUGCUUUAG